AUGUAUAUUCUGCCAACAACAAAUUAUUUUACUAAGUGGGUGGAGGCUUUUCCCACAAAGAAGGCAAAUUCAGAGGUAGUAUGUGAUUUUCUCAAAGAUUGCAUUUUAGUUCAUUUUGGGGUUCCUCAGAAGAUUGUCGCAGAUAAUGCAUCAUAUUUCUCUUUUGAGGAAUUGACCAUGUUCUAUUAUGAACAUCAAAUUACUCUUUCACACUCCUCUGAUUACUUCCCGCAAGGUAAUGGGUUGGCAGAAUCGAGCAACAAGAACCUGGUAGCAAUCAUGAAGAAGUUAGUUGAUGAUAAUGCCCAAAACUGGCAUAAAAUGUUAUAUGAAGCCUUAUGGGCAGAUAGAAUUACCCCUAAAAGAGCAAUUGGAAUGGAACCUUAUGAACUGGUGUACAGGAUUGGUGCAAAGGUUUCUUUACCUCUGGAAUUGGUGGCAGUGAAGCUUCAAACUGUAAUUAAGGACUCCUUUUUCCAAAAUGCUCUAGAGAAGAGAGUCAUGUAUUUGACAAAGUUGGAAGAAGAAAGGGAGAUGUUAGUGGGUAGAAUUACUGAACAUCAGAACAAGGUGAAGAAAAUCUUUGAUAUGAAGGCUUGA